AUGAGUGCCACCGUCUUUACAUUCUCAUUUGGUUCCUUCAACUACUUUUGUAACAGCGUUGCCCUGACAUUGUGCCCACUCGUUGGUCCUGAUGGAGGUAUAGAACCCGCCUGCUAUGCGAGAAAUGUCGAGUUGGGUGGUACCCUUAUCUUUGAACCAGUCUUGGCUGAUGAAUCUGGCACUAAUUAUGUGCAUUCGUAUCCUCUAGCCACUCUUGUCAUAUAUCUCAUUGCCUUGAUUAUGACUGGUAUCAUGAUUUUCAACAUCAAGGCAAAGUAUACCGCUGUUGGUCGAAAGGAAAUCGUCAUCUUCUUCUACAUGUAUGCAGCCAGCGUCCUAGUUGAACUAUUACUCGUCUCGGGCAUUAUCCCUACUGCAUCAGCACCAUACCAAUACUUUACUGCUGGACACAUAGCCUUGUCCACCACAACAUGUUGGAUUUUACUAUUGAAUGGAUUUGUUGGGUUCCAAUGGGCUGAAGAUGGAACACCAUUAUCUCUAUGGUCCAUUCGAAUUUCAUCAGCUGUUGUAUUUGUCGGUGUCUUCUUCGUUGCUUUGGCUACCUUCAUACCCUUCGCCGGGUUCUCGAAAUCAAACCCAGUUCCACUAUUCAUCAUCUACUACCUAUUUAAUCUCGCUUUCGUCGUGAUCUACGUCUUGUUGCAAGUCGUGUUGGUUCUCAACACUCUUGAUGACAGAUGGCCUCUAGGCGACAUUUUAUUCGGCUUCACAUUCUUCAUCGCCGCUCAAAUCUUCCAAUAUGUAUUAAAUAGUCCAUUGUGUGAACUGGCCAAACAUUAUGUGGAUGGUCUCUUUUUCGGCACAAUUUGUACACUGCUGGCAGUGAUGAUGGUGUAUAAAUACUGGGAUUCCAUCACAAAGGAAGACUUGGAGUUCUCGGUUGGAGGAAAGACCAACGUCUGGGAAAUCAAGGAUCCAUUACUUGGUGAUGACUCAUACGACCGAUACUAG